CUUCUAUAUAAAUUCACCUCUCUCUACCCUCCAAAUCACACAUCCAACAUACAAAUCAACAAAAAUUCCAAUCAUUUACUUUAAUUCCUCCACCAAGCUAAACAUGAAACAAAUUCUCUUUUCCUUCUCACUAUUUCUACUCAUGUUAUCAUCAUUGUAUUCUCCCAAUAUAGCAGCAACCGGGCCUGCAGCAUCACCAAAACAAGCCCUGGCACCAAAAGCAGCAUCACCAACAUCAACAAAACCUUUAGUCCCAACACUACCUGAUUCACCGGACACUUCUGAUUCCACCCCAGACGACAUAACCAAAAUCCUCAAAAAGGCCAAAACAUUCAACAUCCUAACCCGCCUCCUAAAAACUACAGAAAUCAUGAGCAGCAUAAACUCACAGCUCAUAACAGGAAAAAGCGGAGGACUAACAAUCCUUGCACCUGACGACUCAGCUUUCUCAAACCUCAAAGCAGGUUUCUUGAACUCUCUAAACGAAAACAAAAAAAUCGAACUCUUACAGUUCCACAUCCUUCCACAGUUUGUUGAUAGCAAUAAUUUUGAUUCUCUUAGUAACCCUGUUGAGACAGUGGCAGGGAAAGACCCUUUAAAGCGUCCAUUGAAUUUUGAAUCGUUGGGUAACAGUGUUAAUAUUUCAACAGGUGUGGUUAAUGCUACUGUUACAGGUGUAGUUUAUCAAGAUAACAAGCUUGCUAUAUAUCGUUUGGACAAAGUUUUGCUUCCUCUUGAUUUCUUUGGGACUAAGGCACCUGCUUCUGCUCCUGUUGCGGCAAAAGCACCUAAAGCUGAUAAGGGGAAAUCAUCUUCUGCAGAAGAUGAGGAUGAGACAACAACACAGGAUCAGAAAAGUUCUGGAGCAGUGAGUUUAAUUGGAACUGAAGGAACAGCGUUGAAGGCUAUUGGGGCAGCUUUUGUUGCAGUGGCAAUGUUUGGCAACUGCAUAUGAAUUAUAUGAAACAGUUAACCAUGUUUCUUUUCUUUUACUUUUUCUUUGAACUUUGUUUAUGUCUGUUCUGUCAUUUUUGUUUCUUUCUCUAUUUCUUAACAAUGUAUUCAGUUUUGAAGGCUUUCUUUCUUUUCUGGUUUA